GGAAUACUUAGUUUGGGUAUACAGUGCUAUUCCUGAAAAUGAACUGUGUGACCUGGUCAACUUUUUUUGCUAUUUGCAUAGGCAAGGCUUCACAAGAGGAAACUUUUGAUUUUAGAAAGAAAAAAAGCAUAUAAUUUUAUAAAAGAGAAAAAAAUAGUUCCAUAUUUGUCGAUAUAUAACACCGCAAGGGAAGAUGAACCACUUCUAGGCUGCGUUGGACGUCGCCAGCACCCUGGCCGGUCGAGCAGCUGGCGCGCGCUUCCAUGGAGCUGUGCUGCGAGCAAGUAGUUAUGCUUUCCAUAUUUGUAAUUGUCGCGCACUUGCGCUGCUGACUUGGAGUGGCCACGACCAAUGCCGCCAGUGCUGUUGUUGUUUUUCGAUCGAUCGUGAUUUCUUCCUCCGUGUUAACCAUCGACACACAGUUUUUCUUCUGCAACUUUCUGAAUUAUAAUUAACAGUUUACGAGUAUUGCGCUUCUGUAUCUGUUGCAAAUUUUAUCUUCAAGAGGUCGUCCUCCAAAUCCACCGCACUAUAUGCAAAUUUACAUAGAGUAAUUGAUGCUCAUGCAGCCCGAUCGUGAUGCUUAUGCGACUCCAUCUUGAUUAUGCUUACGCUUUCACUUUGAUCGCCUUUCUCCCCCACACAAUGCGAAAAGCGCACCCUUAUCAGUUAGUACAAGUUGUGCACUACUGCAAAGCUAUCCUCAAAAAACGGCUACAGAGGGAUUUGUGGCCUUUCUUCCCCCUGCCAUAAUUUUUUGCGAUGCCACCAAAAAUUUUAUCGAGCCGCAAGUUUUUACGAUGCAAAUUUUAUGAAAUCGGCAUGACUUUAGUCUCGCCCACUGUAGUAGUUUCCACCCCUACUUUCAAACUCUUUCUGGAUUCACCUCCUGAUGUUUCGCGCAAAAAAAAAAGAGCGCUCGGGCGAUGGCAACUUGAAAAGUGACAAAGUUUUGUCAUUGCCGGAGUUGGUUCUUUUAUUUUUUUCUCCUACACAAGACGAAGGGCUGGCUACAGACGGAGCUGUGUGGUCAAGCCAUUUUAUUUGUGCCCUGCCGUCCAACUUCUUUAUGUUAUCCUCAUUUGCCAGCACUGUAGCUGUGAAAUUAAUUGAUUUCAGCGCACAAGUUCAAGUUGAUUUUUGUGUCAUUGCUUGCGCGCACUCUGUUAGAAAAGCUGGACACGUUGACUCCCGGGUGGUUAUGUGA